GCAGAAGAAGAUACAUUAUCAGGAGCUGAACACCACAGAAGAAGAAGACUUGUGAUAUUCCUAGAGGACCACCAACAUCGUGACUGAGCAUUUUCCUCAGCUGAAGCUUCGAGUCGUUCAGUGCUAGAAAACCUGCUCUGUGUUCUGCUCAGAGUGUCUGGAGAUGGAGAUCGUACGUGCGGCCGUCUAUCUGUCCCUCUGUCUGUCCCUGCUGACCUCCCUGUGUCAGGGUCAAAGGUCACCGGACACGCUGUUCGGCCUCACAGACAAAGAGUUGGCUGCUCUCCUGGAUGAGGAUGACAGCAGUGUGUCUCUCUCUGUGGAGAAGAAGGCCAGCGUCAUCCCCCGGUGUGAUGUGGGCGAGCGAUGUGCGAUGAAACAUGGCCCUCGUAUCGGUCGGCUGUGUGACUGUCUGAGAGGAACGGCCUGCAACACCUUCUUCCUGCGCUGCUACUGAACACACACACACACACACACACACACACACACACACACACACA